AUGCAGCAGAGCCUCUCCUCGCACUUCUUCCUGCCGCCGCCCGAGAAGCGCCAGGCCAUCUCCGACGUCCGCCGCACCUUCUGCCUCUUCGUCACCUUCGACCUGCUCUUCAUCUCCCUGCUCUGGAUCAUCGAGCUGAACACCAACACAGGGAUCCGGAAGAACCUGGAGCAGGAGAUCAUCCACUACAGAUUUAAAACCUCCUUCUUCGACAUCUUUGUCCUGGCCUUCUUCCGCUUCUCCGGGCUGCUCCUGGGCUACGCGGUGCUGCGGCUCCGGCACUGGUGGGUGAUUGCGGUCACCACGCUGGUGUCCAGUGCCUUCCUCAUUGUCAAGGUCAUCCUCUCUGAGCUGCUCAGCAAAGGGGCCUUCGGCUACCUGCUCCCCAUCGUGUCCUUUGUCCUUGCCUGGCUGGAGACCUGGUUCCUUGACUUCAAGGUCCUCCCCCAGGAGGCUGAGGAGGAGCGAUGGUACCUUGCUGCCCAGGCCGCUGUCGCCCGAGGACCCCUGCUCUUCUCCGGAGCUCUUUCCGAGGGCCAGUUCUAUUCGCCCCCAGAAUCCUUUGCAGGGUCUGACAGCGAAUCAGACGACGAGGCUGCCGGGAAGAAGAGCUUCUCUGCCCAGGAGAGGGAGUACAUUCACCAGGGGCGGGAGGCCAUGGCCGUGGUGGACCAGAUCUUGGCCCAGGAGGAGAACUGGAAGUUCGAGAAGAAUAAUGAAUACGGGGACACCGUGUACACCAUCGAGGUUCCCUUUCACGGCAAGACGUUCAUCCUGAAGACCUUCCUGCCCUGCCCCGCGGAGCUGGUGUACCAGGAGGUGAUCCUGCAGCCCGAGCGGAUGGUGCUGUGGAACAAGACGGUGACCGCCUGCCAGAUCCUGCAUCGAGUGGAGGACAACACCCUCGUUUCCUACGACGUGUCUGCGGGGGCCGCGGGCGGAGUGGUCUCCCCGCGGGACUUUGUGAAUGUCCGACGCAUAGAGCGGCGCAGAGACAGAUACCUGUCUUCCGGCAUCGCCACCACCCACUGCGCCAAGCCCCCCACCCACAAAUACGUCAGGGGCGAGAAUGGUCCUGGGGGCUUCAUCGUGCUCAAGUCGGCUAGCAACCCCCGCGUCUGCACCUUCAUCUGGAUCCUCAACACAGAUCUCAAGGGCCGCCUGCCCCGGUACCUCAUCCACCAGAGCCUCGCAGCCACCAUGUUUGAAUUUGCCUUCCACCUGCGGCAGCGCGUCGGAGAGCUGGGGGCCCGGGCAUAG